UAUGAUAAUAUUUAUGAUUAUUAUAGUUGCCAUUAUAGCGACCAAUUUGUUGAAAGUGAUUCAGAUUAUUCUAUCCUAUGUGAUCAUAAUAAUAUGAUCACCUAUCAGGAGUCAUGUUCUUAUAAACAUUCAUAUCAAAAGUAUAAUAAUAAAAACGCCAAAGAUAUAGACGAUGAAAAUAAUGACACAUGUGAUUCUGCCUCAAAAACCUCAGAGACAAAAAGUGGAUAUAGUUCAUACAAAAAUAAUGUAACAAAUUAUAGAAACAGCCAAGAAAAUAAGAAAAAAUGUAAGAAAAUAUUCUAUAUCUAUUUCAUUGAAGGAAAUGCACAAGAUAUAAUUGAAGAUAUAAAGGAAGAAGAUAAAAACAAAAUAGAUGAAGAUAUUAUAGAUAAAAUUUUAAAUGAAGAAAAGGAAUAUAUAAAUAAAAAAAAACAUGUGACAAAUGAUACAUGUAAUAUAAAUGAUAUUAAUAACUCAGUUGAAGAUUAUAUAUAUAAUUUACACAAUAAAAAUUCUUCUCAAUGUAAUGAUAAAUAUAUAAAUUCUUAUGAAAUGGAAAAGAAUCAGAAAAAAGAAGAAUCAAAAAGUGAUAUAUCGUUAUCUACUUGUUGUAUUCAAAAUGAAGAAGAUAUAAAAAAUGAAAAGCAUGAAAAGAAUAAAAAUUGUGAAUAUGAAGAUGAAAAGAAUAAUAAUUGUGAAUAUGAAGAUGAAAAGAAUAAUAAUUGUGAAUAUGAAGAUGAAAAGAAUAAAAAUUGUGAAUAUGAAGAUGAUAAAAAUAAUAAUUGUGAAUAUGA